GCGGCGGCGGCGCAGGUGAGCCGGAGGGCCCCAGGCUCGGGCCCCGGGCGGGGAGCAGAGCUCAACCGAACUCGGCAGUGACCCAAGGAGUGAGCUGACUCGUAGGGAGACAACCCAGCAGCCUGACUUCCCACGUGUUUCAGCGCGUAUUGAGAAAUGGAUGGCUUGGAGUCGGACUUCAACCUGAGGGUCGUCUUGGUCAGUUUCAAGCAGUGUCUCAACGAGAAGGAGGAGGUGCUGCUGGAUCACUACCUCGCCGGCUGGAGAGGUCUAGUCAGGUUCCUGAACAGUCUGGGUGCCAUCUUCUCCUUCAUCUCAAAGGAUGUCACAGCGAAGCUGCAGAUCAUGGAGCGUCUGCGCAGCGGCCCCCAGCGGGAGCACUACAACAGCCUGCAGGCCAUGGUGGCCUAUGAGGUGGGCAACCAGCUGGUGGACCUGACGCGGCGCUCCCGCCACCCGGACUCGGGCUGCCGGACGGUGCUUCGGCUGCACCGUGCCCUGCGCUGGCUACAGCUCUUCCUGGAAGGCCUGCGCACCAGCCCCGAGGACGCCCGCACGGCUGUGCUCUGCACCGACUCCUACAACGCCUCGCUGGCGGCCUACCACCCCUGGAUUAUCCGCCGGGCUGUCACUGUGGCCUUCUGUACGUUGCCCACACGCAAGGUCUUCCUGGAGGCCAUGAACGUGGGAUCCCCACAGCAGGCUGUGGAGAUGCUGGGCGAGGCCCUGCCCUUCAUUGAGCGAGUCUACAGUGUCUCCCAGGAGCUUUAUGCCAAGCAUUCCCUGCUGGAUCUGCCCUGAGGGCCAGCGGGCCGGGGCGGGGGAGGAGGGCAGCCAGCACCCGUCAGUACCCCCAUGGAGAUGUGUGGGUGCCCCAGGAAUGGGAAGAACACUGUCCUGUGCUCGCUGAGCUUGACUGGAGCCCUGGGCCCAGCGUGGCCCACCCAGGCCAUGCUUCAAGCCUGCGGUGCACAGGCCAUGGCAGAGGACGCGGGCCGCGGCAGUCUACUCCUCCCCUGUCACCUCGCUCUGCCGGGAGCAUCUCUGCUUUACCCUCAGCUGAGAUACACCUGUGUCCAGUCGGGUCUCACCUAGAUGUUGAGGUGCAGAAGGCAGGGCAGAUAAGGGGCAGGAUCAACAUUCAUGGGAAACCCAGAGAAGCGGCCCCUGCCCGUGAGCCAAGUCGUGAAAUGGGGCAAAGUCCCAGGGCCCUGUGGCACAGAGACUUCAUCCUGCUCCCGGCAAGCACAUUCAGCAGGUGCUUGUCCAUCCCUGGCCCAUCUCAGUGUCCGCACCCAGGUACCCCUGGGCCCCUCCACGAGGGGCUGGCCGUCCCCAGGACAGGGAUAGAACCCCUGGGCAGGUGUUGGCAACACAGGCUCUCUCCCCAUCGCUCACCUCCUUACUAGACAGGGACCCACAUGUCCUUGGCAGCAAGAGCCAGGAGCUGAAGCCCUGAGUGGAGAGGGGAGGCCCACCCCGCCUCUCUGCACUCUCAUCAGCGGCCACCCCGUCCAUCAGGUACCCCCCCAGGCAGCUACCUGUGAAUCUGCACAGCACAGCCCACAGCUCUGCUGGUCCGGGGCUAGCCCCCCGUCAUCCGGCAAGAGGCUGUGUUCCCUCCGCCCUGCCCCACAGAGCUCAGGAGGGCCAGAAAGAGACGGUGCACGGAGGGAGCCUGGACUAGAAGCCUAGCCGACAGGCCAGCCAUCACCCAGCACUUGGGGGCCUGGCCUCUUCUACUGGCUCUUCACUGUGAGCUCAGGCCCUUCGAAGCCGAGGGAACCGUAUCCACCACACAGCAGACGUGCACACGUGUCAGCUGGCAGAGACCCUGGGAGAGUGUAAUCGGGUGAUGGUUUCUCCAACAUCAAUAAAUGCCACUUACAGAG